CUAUUUAAAUUCUUGGAAAAAAUAAAAUAAAAAAUAUUCUCCGAGAUCUUCCGUUCUUCCCCUUCCCUCGGUCGCAAGCAUGCUCCGAUCGCUGACCGCUAGGAGAUCACCGGAAGAACGACGCCUCCCUCCGCCGCGCAGAUCGUCGGUGGAGUACGAUGAGCUCCCGACGUGCCACCCCAAUUCCGACAUCGGGAAGAAGACCGCCGUACGGAUGAGGUGCGCCGAGAACGCGGUCCACGUCAUCCCCGUCGUCGUCGCCCUCUGCGCCAUCGUGCUAUGGUUCUUCUCCGAGUCCGCCCCGCUGCCCUCCCUCUCCGAUCCGCAAGCCACCUUCUCGUUCUGAAAGCUCCAGGCAUCUUUGAUUUGGAUUCGUAAGAUUCAUCAUUUCCCUCCUCCUUUUUCAGUUGAUCUUUGUAUUUGGAUGAAGUAUGGAAUUUGAAAUCAAUAGAAAUUUUGAAGAAGAAGUAUAUUUUACCUUA